CGGCCCCCCGCCACCGCCUCGAGGGGCGGAGGCCAAAACGUGUCGGGCGCGCAUGCGCGGCUGCCGUCGUUGCUGGUGGGGCUGAGGCGGCGCGGUGGGUGGCGGCGGCGGCGUUGCGGGGAGCUGCGCGUUUCCCUGGCAGCCUGCCCGCGGGGCUCUGAGGGCCGCACGUCUUCGCCGGUCGGCGCCGACCCCGCGCCGGGGAGGGGAGACUCGCCGCUCCCAAAAUGUCGCAGACGGCCAUGUCCGAGACCUACGAUUUCCUUUUUAAGUUCUUGGUCAUAGGAAAUGCUGGAACUGGAAAAUCCUGUUUACUGCAUCAGUUUAUUGAGAAGAAAUUCAAAGAUGACUCUAAUCAUACAAUAGGAGUCGAAUUUGGUUCAAAGAUCAUAAAUGUUGGUGGUAAAUAUGUAAAAUUGCAGAUAUGGGAUACAGCAGGACAAGAAAGAUUCAGGUCUGUAACAAGAAGUUACUAUAGAGGUGCUGCAGGUGCUUUGCUUGUCUAUGAUAUCACCAGCCGAGAAACCUACAAUGCGCUUACCAAUUGGUUGACAGAUGCAAGAAUGUUAGCCAGUCAAAAUAUUGUGAUAAUAUUGUGUGGAAACAAAAAGGAUCUUGAUGUAGAUCGUGAAGUUACUUUUUUAGAAGCAUCCCGGUUUGCACAAGAAAAUGAGCUGAUGUUCUUGGAAACAAGUGCACUAACAGGGGAAAAUGUUGAAGAGGCCUUUGUACAGUGUGCAAGAAAAAUACUCAAUAAAAUUGAAUCAGGAGAGCUAGAUCCAGAAAGAAUGGGCUCAGGUAUUCAGUAUGGAGAUGCUGCCUUGAGACAGCUGAGAUCACCACGAAGAGCACAAGCAGAAAGUGCUCAGGAAUGUGGGUGUUAAAGAAACAAAACAUGAAAAUCCCAAAUACUGACCUUAGAUAUAAAAGCUGUCCAUGCAAGUGGUGUUUGAAGAAACAGACAGACAAAGUUUGAAGGCUAUGCAGUUUUUUUAAAACAUCUUCCAACUAUAUAUAAACAGGAGCAGACCACUGCUGACAAAGUGAACUGUAUAAUGUGAUGCAGGAAUGUGCACAUGACACAAAAGACUGCAAAACAAUCUGGUGGACAAUGUUAAGGCUCAUACCUGUAUGUAAAUAUUUUCCAUUACCUAUUUUCGUUCCUUCAUCUUUAGUUUAAAGCAUUGCUCUAUAAUGUAUAUAAUGUAACAGUAAAUUUACAAAGCAUGGUAUACUUAUAUAUGAUGACAGAAUGUUGCACUACAAGCAGUUCAAUAUUUUAUUUUUUUAUCAUAUAAACUAAAAUUUAACUGAGGUAGGCUUUAUCAUGUUUGUUUCUUGCACAGUAGGUUAUAUUUAUUACCUGAAUUAUAAAGCCACUGGCAUUGACUGUCAGUGAUGGAUUGUUUUUUCCUUAGUUUGCCACAUUCUACAAGCUGUUUACAUGACUAAUACUCAACAUAUGGUUAGGACCCUUACUUAUGACUAAUAUGUCAAUUUGAAAAAGACAUUGUUAUUGAAGUGCACCUAUCCUAUUUUCUCACAAUUCUUAACUAAGUAUCUUUCAAAGGUCUUUUAUCAAACUCCAAAGGUUUAGAAAAAAAAUAUUUCUAAGUAUCAAAUGGCUGUUGACUACUUGGAUUUUGGAUUUUUCUGUUUUCUUGGUCCUGAUACUUUGUAUAGCACUGGUGUCAUGAGGUAGUAUUUAAGUGUGAACGGAACUGUGCAUAUUCUGUUUGUAAUUCUAGUCCAGGGGCAUGGGCUUACAGAAAAUGAUCAUGGUAAGAGUUCUCUUAAGCUCUUAUCACUAACAAAGCAAUCAGCUGUGGAAAAAAGACUUCUGCUGAAAGCAUACUUGGUGAGGUACAAACUGAACCUAAGUGGGUUCUUCCAAAGUAUGCCGAAUGUAGGAAAUUUAAAAUAUCGGUUUCUUGGGUUUUAAACAUUCAUAAAGUAAAACUUAGAACUUGAAAUUUUAAAAUUAGACUUUACAUUUGGGAACUUGCAGUCCAUCUUGCUGGAGCUCUACCUUUGAACUUUGUGAGUGCACUCCAUGUAGAGCUGUCCUCAUUGCCCCCCAGGAGAUUCAGAUAAUGGAGGGGGAAAAACAAAUAAGCACACUGCUUACGUAGUUCUUUGUUUCCCUGAAAGUCAUCAAGGGGACUUUCAGCCUUGGUAUUGAUUUUAAUAUGUUAAAACAUGCAAUUUGGACUUCCCUCCUACCCUCUUUUUAUUGUGGGGAGAAGGUAUGGGACAACAGAUUAGAAAUCCUGUCCUCAUUGCUCUGCUGGAGACAGAAGAGGAAGAGGCUUGCAGAGGUUCAGGAGGGAGGGCAGAACCACAAGCAUUGCAUAUCAUUUUUAUAGUGUCAUGACAAUUGAUCAAAUAAGACAUCUGUGGCUUGUGUAUUGCCAGACAAGGAGCUGUGGAAUUAAGUAUAGCAUUUCUAGUGAUAUCUAAAUGCAAUCUAGUAAAGAAAUGGCGGGGGGGGGGGGGGGUAGGGCUAGCGUAGUUGCACUGAUGGAAAUCACUAGUGACAUUUUUACUUAAUUACUUGUACAACUAGAAAUUGGAUGUCUCCUUGGGAAUGCACAUUAACACAGAAAAUAGUUAAUUUGAUCAGAACCUACUAUUGAAAUCUCAAGGGCAAAUGUGCGUUAUUAUUUUCUAUAUAGGAAUCUUUUCUAUUUAAGGGACAUUUGCCAAAUGCAUGUUUAAAAACUAAACCCCAACUGAUGCUGUAAUUCAGAGGACAGUCAUAUCACAAAAGCAAGGCAAGAAUGCUACAGAGAGGUAUACCAUCUUUCAUGGAACUGUGUUUAAAAAUAUUCCCUUUGUCCUGAAAUUUUUGGUUCAAAUGGAUGCUUCUCCAGAAGUUAUACAGUUAAGUCAUCUCUGAAUUAGAAGUCUCAAGAAUUAAAUUUGCUUUGUACUGGAGAAGCCUAGGUUAAAUCUUAAAAAGGCUGUUGGGUCCAAAGAGUUUGUUAUAUAUUUCUCUAUUGUCUAUCUCAUGCAAGAUGAUUGGAUUUGUAACAUAAUUGAUAACAAUUAUUCUGAAGGAGCAUUCCCUUCCUGUUAAGAUUGUAAAGUGUUUUUGAAGCAGCUUAAUCCAGCAUUUACAAGAACUUACCUGACUUAAUCCUCAUUCAAGUUAUUUGUUUCCACUACCCAAAGCCAAAAAUUACCAAAAAAUUACCAAAUUACCAAAAAGCAAGUCCACUGAAGUAAGUAUUGGAUGUAGUUACCUCCUCCACCAAUCCAAGCAGCAUAUUAUUCCAUGAGUUAUGUUGUAUUUUUGCCAGAGGUUGGAGGUGGGAAGAACUUUCUAAAACCCCAAACCAAUAUGGAAAUGCUGGAAAAAUGAGAUAUCAGGGAGUCUGUUUCUCCCCCCCCACCCCCUUCUCAUAAUUUAGUCAAAGUUCUUGGUACAUCAGCUCUGACAGAGCACAGGUAAAGGUCUUUCUUCUGUCACUAUUACUAUGGUUGAAGUGGAGUUGGCUUUUGAUCAGACCUUCUUUCCCUUGUUACACUAGCAGUUAAAAGGAAAGGGGAAGGACUACUUAAUUCUGUUACUUUUCUUUCAGCAGUGUAUUGCUUAAAUCUUAGAGGGGGGUGCAAUUUUUUUUCUUUUGUUUUUACACUCACCUUUUCCAUUAUCUAGAAGACUAGCUUCUUGUUCAUACUAGCUCUGAUCAUUUUGAUAAAGUUUCUGAGGUUAAGAGGUAGUAAGCACAAUUCUACUUUUUCCUAACCAGUUGUCUUAAGCUCUCCUCUCCCCACCAAGAAAGAAGGAAUAACAUCAUUAUAAUCCAUUUUGACAUAAUUUCUACUUUUUUUUUUUUAAGUGCACCCUCAUGCUCUUAGUACACAUUAACCAGGCUAAUAUAAAUCCUUUGUAAAAUGUUACAACCUUUUAUGCUGCAUAUCUUUCUAUAACAUAAAAAAAGAAAUUUCUAACACAGCAACUGCUGGGGGAAAUGCUAUUAAAGAAAUAGCUCUCAACAGCACAUUACAUUGCUUACUAUUUUGGCUCUAAGGAUUUUAUAUUUAUAAAAAUAAACAUUAUGCCAGUAGCAGCCCUGAGGUAGAUUUUACACUUUAUGUUACACUUCACAGGGUAAACCAAACCCAAGCUUACCUAAAUAUCAAGUGGUAAAUAUUUAACCCAUGUAUGUUUUUAGUGUACAGUGAAGUUCUUACUCUACCAAAGCAAGAUGGCUUAGGGUUUUAAUAUGCAAGACACCCAAAUACUAGAAUUUAUUGGUUGUGGAGCUUUAGCUGUUCAAACUUCAAAAGGUUUAAAUAUAAGAUAAAAGCCUUUAUCUUGCCUUUUAAUGAGUCUGUUGGGACUACACUAUUUCAUUUGAUGCUUGUAUCUAACACUGAAUAAAGAAUUUUUCUUGAUAUUCUA